AGUGGUUCUGUAACCAAUUGGGUUUUUGAACUUCCUUCGGACUUCGGGGCUUUUCUUUAAUUGAUUCCCACUGCUUUUUCUUUUUCUAAUCGCGGCUUCUUUUUCAACGGACGAAUCCAAUUACAAACAUCAGAUGAGCAUUCGAAAAAACUUGUUUUUUACUCGCAGAAUCCCAUCAAAACCCAUUACCCCAAGCUACCUCACUCUCUGCUUGCCCGAGAGAGACAAAUAAAUUUGAAGUGGAUUCUAAGGCAGAACUACAAGAUCAGAGCACACCCUUUGUGGGAAAUCGUUGAAGUUUCCCCCCAAAAUGGUGGGUAUUUUCUCUAGGUUUUCUGUCAGCAGAAAUGGGCACCGUCGAAGCCAAAGUGCGCUUCAGGGUGAUAGGGAAGCAAUACCGUCAAAUUCAGAUGCUACGAGUGAUGCUACGGUGACUGGUGGUGCAACUGCUGCUGCUCAUGGGAUUGAAGUAGCAAUUGAGUUUAAGCCACUUGAACACCCACCUGAGCCUCUUGACAAUGAUCGACCUAUUCAGUGCCCUCUGCCUGAACCUUCAAUUCUCAAUGAUGGAAGGAUAUGGAAGGAGCGAGUAUCAGCAGGCGGCGGUCAAAGGAGGGCUGAAAUGCCAGUUAUGCAGGAGGGGCCUCGCGUGGAAUCUGGACCUGUGGGGAAAAAACCACCACGGCCCCCCUCCAACCGGGUGAUUCUACCAUCCAUCAGUGCACCCGAACACAGUCUCCUUAAACUGCUUGAAGAAUGCAGUCCAUCUGGGAUUUAGAUUCAAAUUCUACUUGCUGUUUGAAACAAGUGUUGAUUUAGUGCGAUGCAUGAGAUCACAAAAUAUGUUAUGCUUUGACUAUAUCGAAAACAGCGGUAAAAUAUGUUCAGAAAUAUGACAAAGAUAUGAGAAUAAUCAAACCUAUAAAAUAUAUAAUGUGUUACGAUGACAUUCAUUGUAGAUGCAGAUACAUCUGAUAGAAUCAUGUACAUUUGAUUAUUUGAGUCCAUGAAUGGACACUUGAAUAAUGAAUGACGACGAUAUCAAUUAAAUUUCUACUUAGUCG